ACUAGUGUUACCUCCUUAACCCUUCUUAAUUUACAAAAUAAAAAAACUUAAUCCUUCAUAUUAACUAUCUAAUCUAAACAGAUUUACAUUAUUUUUAAUCCCUCAUGAGGGGUUAACUAAGUUAACCCUUCUCCUUAACACUUCUCUCCUAAUACUUGGCCAGAUGGCACCUACAGGAUUUAAGGGACUAUGCAAUUUCCAAGAUUCAAGGAAUCAAUAUGCAAUUACUGAAUAUUUAAGGGACAGCAUCCUGAAGAAAAACGUUGGUAUGACUUUGAUCACCAGCGUAUUUGUCCCUUGGCCGAAGAAAAUUCUUUCGAUACAUCAGGUGCUUAUAUUCUCUUCUACAGGAGGGUUGCAUCAGACUAAAGGUGGCACACGUUCCUUUAUGUAUCUUAUAGUUGCACUUGGAGCAAAUAAUAAUCCCAUAGACAGAGACUUCAGGCAGGCAGAAAGAGUCCAGAACCACAGGAUAACUGAUUUUGUUAAUUCAUUUGUUCGAUUUAUUCCAUUGAACAUCUUUUUUCCACUUAGUUGAUUCAUAUAGAAUUUUUGCCUCUGUAAAUUUGUGUUUUUUUGGUAUGACUUUGAUCACCAGCGUAUUUGUCCCUUGGCUGAAGAAAAUUCUUUAGAGACUUCAGGUGCUUAUAUUCUCUUCCACAGGAGGGUUGCAUCAGAAUAGAGAUGGCACACGUUCCUUGAUGCAUCCUAUAGUUGCACAUUGAGCAAACAGUAAAUCCAUAGGCAGAAACUUUACGCAGGCAGAAAGAGUUCAGAACCACAGGAUAACUGAUUUUGUUAAUUCAUUUGUUCGAUUUAUUCCAUUGAACAUCUUUUUUCCACUUUGUUGAUUCAUAUAGAAUUUUGCCUGUCUGUAAAUUUGUGUUUUUUUAGUAAAAUUGUUCAGAAGAUGUUGCUACUGAUUCCGCUGGAUAUUUGGCUAAUGGAAACUGAAAUCUUGUUUACUUUCUAA